AUGAGCUUACUGGUCGACGAUUCCGCGGCACAGUGGGUCUUCUCCUCUACCGAAAAUGCUAAUCUGAGCAUGAGGGAUGCCGGCUGGCAUCAACUCGCUCAUAACCGUUCCGCUAUUACGAGUGGCUACUACAAUUCUACUGCACUAUGGACAACGACGCCAGGCGCGACGGCCUCCCUUAUUUUCCAGGGUACUGAAAUAUUUCUUUAUUCGGCAAAAUCGCCACAGUUUGGGACCAUGAAUGUCACUUGCGAUUGGAAUUCGUCAUCCGUUCCACUCACUCAGACUGAACUUCAGCCUGGCGAGAUGGUAUGGCAUCUCAGCGGGCUGGACCCGACAGUCCUACAUGCUGUACGGGUGCAGUCCAUGGGUGACGGCAGAAUCAAUAUUGACAAAGUCGGUAUUGAGCCGGGUCCUCCGAGUGCAAUCCCACCAUCAAUGCCCACUCCACUCCCUCCCGCAUUUCCAAAUAUCCGCAUUCCGACGACACCGAGUACUGUAACGAGCAUGACCACUUUAAAGACGACGGUGACAAUGACAAUGACAAUGACUACAAGUGCGAGUGCGGCUGCAAAACCAUCGUCUGGUGUUUCUCUGAGCAAUGGCGCACUCACGGGGAUCAUCCUUGCAUCUGUAAUGUUUUCGGUUGCUAUUGGGCUUUUACUUCUAUGUUGGAAACGGAGGCGAUCGCGGAGAAAUGCUCGGAAGACUGUCCCUGGGCUCCAACGAUCUGCUUUUCGCAGUCUUCACCUUCCGUACUGGUUGAGACGAACUACCUCUUCAAAUAUCUCUGGAAGCGAUUCAAGCUUUAUGGCGAUAGAGGACCAGGAGAAAGGGGAAGUGGGUUUGGUUGGCGACAAAGAGGAUGUGCCAGGAAGGAAUGCAACAGCUAUACUCCCUUCGAUCCGUCGGCUUAGUACACUGUCCAUCGGAGGAGUCCCAUAUUCUUCUUCUCCGGUCCCUUCUCGUGCUAUACGAACACGCGUACCUGCCUCUACG